AGGCCAAGACCUUGUUUGCUCACCAUGACUUUGUAUCGCGGCCCUAAACGGACAUGGCAAACACAACACCAUCCACUAGAUCAUCAGGCAGCGAAUCCAACCUUUGACCCCAUGAAGGUUCGCCCGUCGUUCAAUGUCCGCCAUUGGCUGCUCAGGUCAUCCCACCUGCUAAGGUGCAGGUAACUGUCUGUCUCGACAGCUUCGGCGUCUUCCCAGCCCGUCACACCCAUCCCGAGACGUCUUAACCCAUGGCUCGAGCUGUUUAAAGGGUUCUUUGACAGACACAUCAAAUCAUCGGACAAGUCUACCGACCCAGACACGCUUAACCGCCGAGGACACACCGGGCUGAAGCGAGAACAAGAUUGCCAACUGUUGGAUACCAGGAGUCACCCCCAAGAUGGCGGCCCGUCGAAUCUGCGGGCUCAGCAAGGACGUCACGCUCUCCGUACUUCCCAGACUGCACUUCGAGGAACUGCUUGUGGAACUGCGCAGGCGCGAGAUCGACGCGCGGGGCAUCCUGGUCCGGGUGCUGAAAGGGGUCAUGGUCCUGGAGUAUCAAGAGCAGGAGGAGUGUUUAGCCGAGGGGGAGACGUCUUCCAAAACCUCAUCGAUUGGGGACCAACAGAGUGCAGGUACAGACGAUUUUGCGCUGGACGACGGCGAUGCCAGUCACAGCGACCGGCGAUUCUCUCUCUGCACCUCCUCCCCGGAGCAGGGGUACGUCUCCAUGGAGAUGGACACGUCACCGAAACCGGAAAUGACGCAGCCCGACUUUGUGGGGCACAGUGAUGCCUACUCCCCUGAUGUAGCAGCGCUUGAAGCGCAAGAAACUGGUCAAGCGGACGGGAAACAGACGCUACCUGGUCAGAACAGCCAUGAAAGAGGGUUUAGAGGCGAAGAGAACCAAAGAGAAGAUGACUCGAACUGCUACGGCAUUGUGAUCUCUUCAACCACGUCUUCUGGAAAGGGUCUGUCCCAACAAGGUUUCACCACGGACACACCAACGGUUGGCGGGAUUCCAGAAUUGUACACGACUGCAGUACCGAACAACCACGAACCGUCACGGGGUCUGGAUCAACCAGCAUGUCAUCCAUAUACCAAGGAACAAGCCUCUAGCUGUUACACAGGAGAAGUGCAAAAAGGUGGACAAGGGUCGUUUUCGUCAUCUAACGUGCUCCUGUCUACCGAUUCUGGUGUUUAUGAAACGACGCACCCUGACGAAAACUGUACUGUUUCACCUGAUGGGUCAGCCAACGGAUUAAGAGUCACGAAAAGUGAAGAACCAGGGGCUGACUACAGGGCCAGCUUGGAUGGAAGCUCCAUGGAAACCGAUGGUUACCUUGACAACGGUUUGGACUUGGUCAGCAGACAGAACUACACACGACAGAACAGCGCAGCAUUUUCAGAGGGAAGCGGGAGAGAACACGUUGGCCGUCCGUGCAGCAAAACUGGGAUGGCUCAGACAAUGGACAGUAGUAACGGAGAGAACAGGUGUGACGACGGUGACCUGAGGAGCGGUGUUAGAACAAGCAAUAACGGCACAACGCGCCGUGAUGACUCAACCAAUGGCGACCGCUAUCAACAUGCAGACGACACACACGACAGUGCGAGGAACGGUGGCUUCCAGCAUCAGUUGAAAAAUGGGACGACCCCUUACCACACUCCUGUCAAUGCCGGCGCAAUCACGGAAAUGCAUGGUGAAAGACAAGCUCCUGUAAAUAGUGCGAUCAUAGAACGGUAUGGAAACCACGUAAAUACCGGUUACAUUUCGCAGGUCAAUCGUGAUUUGCACCAAACGGGCAGCGAAGACGUUCGGACUAACGCAGAGAUGCCUCUCAGUGAAACAGGUGGCCAACACUGUGGUAGAUAUGGCGACGAUAACUAUGACAACGUCGCGUUAAAUCUUACCACCCGCAACCCUUUCGAGAAUGUUCGUAUCAAGGUGGAGCCGGUAGACGAAUUUUCCGAAGAGUUCGGACAAGUGAACAUGCAGCAUUUGUCAGGACAGACGGACGGCGGUUGCCAGGCAACAGCAUCCCCGUCAGCCAACCAAGGACCUGACUGUACCACCUCAUCCAUGAUGUCACCGACAGGAGGAGAUACCACUACGUUGAACCAAGACAACACACCGGACAAGUGGUGGAAGUGCCCACACUGCGGCUACAUGACCGUGCACGGGGGUGCCAUAGCCAGCCACCUGCGGACCCACGCCACGGCCGACUGCCCUUACGUCUGCUCCUACUGCACCUUCAAAACCGUCACCGACGAGUUCCUCAGUAGGCACGUGUACAGCGCCCACAUCCACAGGCAGGUCAGGUGCCCGUUCUGUCGCUACGUCUCGCGAUCCAGCACGGCAGUCGAGAACCACAUAGUGAACUACCACUGGGAGAUGACGGUGUUGGACGACGGUGUCGGGAGAGAAGGGCGAGGGACAGGGGAAGCUAUCAGCCCUGUACCUCGUCCCUCUCUCAAACGCUUACACUGCCAGCACUGCGCGUUCACGGCGUCGAGACAACUCGAGAUGGACAUGCACAUGUUUCUACACGACAAGCCGUUCGUCCACGUGUGUCGGUUCUGCGGCUACCGGACCGCCGAGAGGCCCAACUACGUACGGCACCUGCGGAUCCACGCGGGGUUCCGCCCGCACAAGUGCCCGUUCUGUCCGUACAGCGCGUCCAUGAAACACCAUCUCAACGACCACAUCCGCACCCACACGGGCGAGAAGCCGUUCUCGUGCAGGAUGUGCGACUACAGAGCCGCCUUCAGGUCCAACCUGGCUCAGCACAUGAAGAAGGUGCACAAAGUCGUGGACAAGUUCAGGUGCACAAAGUGCAGCUACACGACCAUCUGUAAGCAGAGGCUGGACAAUCACCUGAAACAACACGACAGGAAGGACGAGCAGAGGAGGAAGGCAAAACAACAGACGACAAGCGACAGCGACGCACCGACGUCAUCAGAGACAAACACCAAUGACACGGUCGCACCAGAGGUAGACGCCUGCGUAGACGUACCUACCCCAGUGCUAGAGACGAGCCAAGAUUCUGAAAAACAUUCUGAAAAUCAUUCUGAAAAUCAAAUGAGCACAGAUAGCUAAUUUGUAAGGUUUCAGUUGCUAAGGAUUACAACAGAAAUCAUUAGGUUAAUUGCGUAAUUAUGGUAUUUGGAGCAUACAUAGAAAUAUUUCACCUAACAUUGAGAUGAUAUCCUUUACUAAGGGCUCAGAUAAAAACCUACAAUAUAUUUUGAAUUUUUUCGUAAGCAGCCAUGUUUCUCAUGGCAUUAAGC